UGUCUUUUUUUAGGCUGUGCCUGAGGGGUUGCCAUGGCCCCUUUCCUGAGAAUUGCGUUUAAUGCCUAUGAUCUUGGCACAUUCCCGCCAAUGGUUGAGGCACCAUUCUGUGCCGUCAAAAUGAAGGAAGCUCUCAGCACUGAACGAGGAAAAACAUUGAUCCAGAAGAAGCCCACCAUGUAUCCUGCUUGGCGAUCCAAUUUUGAUGCACAUAUUUAUGAGGGACGUGUGAUACAAAUACUACUCAUGAGAACUGCAGAAGAACCUUUAGCAGAUGUUACUGUGGGUGUGUCUGUGUUGGCAGAAAGAUGCAAGAAGGCAAACGGACGUGCAGAAUUUUGGGUUGAUUUGCAGCCUUCAGGGAAAGUUAUGAUGUCUGCACAGUUCUUUUUGGAUGAUUUAGAUACAGAGAGUCAUCAGUCAGUAGUGACAGAAGACGAGGCACCAACUCUCACUCGUCGUCGUGGAGCGAUUAAACAGGCUAAGAUUCACUUCAUCAAAAACCAUGAGUUCAUCGCCACCUUCUUCAGACAGCCCACCUUCUGCUCUGUCUGUAGAGAUUUUGUUUGGGGUCUCAACAAGCAAGGUUACAAGUGCAGACAAUGCAAUGCUGCCAUUCACAAGAAGUGUAUUGAUAAAAUUAUUGGAAGGUGCACCGGCACUGCAACCAAUAGUCGAGACACCAUGUUUCAGAAGGAGCGUUUUAAGAUUGACAUGCCACAUCGCUUUAAGAACAACAACUACAUGAGUCCAACCUUUUGUGACCAUUGCGGCAGUCUGCUGUGGGGUCUUGUCAAACAGGGCCUCAAAUGCGAGGAUUGUUCCAUGAAUGUCCAUCAUAAGUGCCAGACUAAAGUGGCUAAUUUGUGUGGCAUCAACCAGAAACUACUGGCAGAGGCUCUUACUCAAGUCUCAAUUAAAUCCACCAAGCGACCUGAAAGCAACUCACAGAGCAACUCGCAGGAUGUUGCUGUUUACCAGGAUUUUAACAAAAGUCCAGGAUCUGAUGUUAAUGAUGGGGCUCCUUAUGGUCGUCUAUGGGAGGGUUUGAGUCCUCGCCCCCCCUCUCGAUUCACCCACCAAACACGUAUCACUGCUGAGCAUUUCAUUUUCCAUAAAGUCCUGGGCAAGGGAAGCUUUGGCAAGGUGCUUUUGGCUGAGCUAAAGGGCUCUGGUGAAUGGUUUGCGGUGAAGGCACUGAAGAAGGAUGUGGUGUUGAUGGAUGAUGAUGUGGAGUGCACCAUGGUAGAAAAACGAGUGCUGGCUCUCGCCUGGGACAAUCCGUUUCUUACGCACCUCUACUCCACUUUUCAGACCAAGGAGCACUUAUUCUUUGUGAUGGAGUAUCUGAAUGGAGGAGACCUGAUGUUUCAUAUACAGGAAAAGGGGCGUUUUGAUCUGUACAGAACCACGUUCUAUGCAGCUGAAAUAGUGUGUGGCCUGCAGUUUCUCCAUUCCAAAGGCAUUAUUUACAGGGAUCUCAAGCUGGAUAAUGUGAUGUUAGAUGGAGACGGUCACAUAAAAAUAGCUGAUUUUGGAAUGUGUAAGGAAAACGUGUUUGGGGACAAUCGAGCCACUACCUUUUGUGGAACUCCAGAUUAUAUCGCUCCUGAGAUUCUGCUGGGUCAUCAGUACUCAUUCUCAGUAGACUGGUGGUCAUUUGGCGUGCUCGUGUAUGAGAUGUUGAUUGGUCAAUCUCCAUUCCACGGUGACGACGAGGACGAGCUGUUUGAAUCGAUCCGAAUGGACACACCUCAUUAUCCCCGUUGGAUCACAGCGGAUACUAGAGAGAUGCUAGAAAGGCUGUUUGACCGCAAUCCGUCAAGCCGUUUAGGGAUUGUGGGUAAUAUACGAGGCCACCAAUUUUUCAAGACUGUCAACUGGCCUGCUCUAGAAAGUAAAGAAGUUGAGCCCCCCUUCAAACCAAAAGUGAAAGCUCCAAAUGACUGCAGUAACUUCGACCGGGAGUUUUUGAGUGAGAAACCUCGUCUCUCACACUGCGAGAAAGGCCUGAUCGAUUCCAUGGACCAGAGCGCUUUUGCUGGCUUCUCAUUCAUUAAUCCAAAAAUGGAGCAUCUUUUACAAAAGUGACCCAUUUAUAAUGGGGUCAAAAAAAUCUGUUAUGUUCAUGUGAUCACAGUAUUGAGCCAGUUUAUUGCUCUAACCAAACCAACCAUGAGCACUCUCCCAACUCUUCCUUUAAAAGAUCUGAACUCUAACCUUGUAAGACAAGACAGGCUGUCAGUGAGCUUCUAAUGGAGCCUUUUUAUAACCUAAUAUACAUUUCAAUCUAAAUGCAAUUUUUAACCUGUCCUUACAAAUUUAGGAUGUCUAAAAAUAACUUGGGUUAGUACUAACUGGGUUAGUACAAAGUUGACGGUUGAAUGCAGGGAGUGUGUUGUUCUGUUUGGGUGAAGAGCAAUUUAAAGAAGUGUACAGAAACAAAAUAGGUCAGAGAUUAUAUACAAGUAUUGUUUAAAUCAAUAUGUGCAUGCUAUAUUCAUAAUUACCUUGUGAAUUUCUGCAAUGAUCUGUGUCUGUUCCGUGAGUGUGUGUGUGUGUAUUAAUUGUUUGCACAAAGGAUUGACCAGAACAUGUUGAAUAUGUGCUUUGUAAGUGUUAAAUGAAUAUAUUGUGUUUUAAUUAGGAAAUUUGUAUAUCUGGUACAGAAACAUAGCUAUCUUAGCUCUAAUAGUGUCAUCAGUUUGUGUAUUUUAGUGUGUAUAUUGUUGCAUUUAAGGUGUUUUUAUAAGAUCCACUCAUUAAGAGACCACAUGAUCAAAUUCAGUACAUGACUCUGUCUUAGGAUGAGACACUUAACAGGGUCUAAUAAACAUUUUGAUGGUGAAUAAA